AUGAACAACCAAUCAUUGAAGGAGAAGCUCCAGAGCCUGCAGUGCCCUUUCACCUGGCACUUUGAGGUCAAGGACAAGGUGGAGGUUGGACACGUCCUGCAGAGGUUGGCUCUCCGUCUGGAUCACACCACAUUCCCCAAUCGGGGCACUUACCUGGCCAUGAAGGCCUACCUGCACCACCUCCAAGAGGACUACAGUGAAGCAUUGAAGAGCCUUCAGGAAGCGGAGGAGGUUCUCCAGGAGGACCAUCCCACCAACAUCUCCCGCCAGGUCCUGGUGACCUAUGGGAACUUUGCCUGGAUUUAUUACCUCUUGACCAACUAUGAGAAGGUGGAGCACUACCUGGAGAAGAUCCAUAAGAUUUGCCAAGCUCUCUCCAGCCCCGAGCCCUACUCUGUUGCAAUCCCUGAAAUCCAGGCCCAGAAAGGGUGGUCCCUGCUGACGUGGGGCUUCCGGAAUGGACCAGAGGCCAUAAAGUGUUUCCAGUUGGCCCUGAGAGGAGAUGAGUCCAACAGGGAAUUCCAGGCAGGUCUGGCAUAUUCUGUCUAUGCCUUCUGUUGUCUAAAUUUGGAGGAAGACAUGAAAGAAACCCAAACAUUUUUGGAAGAGGUCCUUGUUCGCCAGCCUCAAAAUGCUGAAGCCAAGGUGUUUUUGGCCAAUGUAAUAUGGAUAAAAAACCAAAGGGGGGUGAAGGAAGAAUUAGAAAGAGCCAAGAGCUUGGUGGAGGACGUGGUCCAGAACAGCCUCAACCCAGAGGUCCUGAGGAACGCUGCCAAAGUGUGUGUAUCUUUGCCUCUCUCCCUAUCCCAGGCAAUUUCCGUUCUGAAGAAGGCCAUAGCCCUGAGCCCCAGCUACCACCUGCUUUACUACGACCUUGGUCUCUGCUACAAGAAGCAGAUGAAGAAGGCAUCACCGGGAAAGAGAGAAGAGCUUGUCGCAGCAGCUAUUGAGAGCUUCAAACAGUCUUUGGAAAAGGAUCCUGCAUCCGUGUUCUCCCAGCUGGAGUUGGCCAAAUUGUACGGGGAGAAGUCCCUGGCUUAUGUGGAAGAGAUUUACCAGAACCUGAUGGAGGAUCUGCCCAAGCUCAGCCAACGAUGCCAGCAGGCCAUCUACUUGCACUGGGGGGACUUCCUGCUCCACAAGAAAGGAAAGAAGGAGGAGGCCCUGGAGAUGUACACAAAGGGCCUCCAGAUUUCAGGUGGUCAUGGCAAGGAACGCUGGCUUCUGAGGGGUCGCUUGCUGAGUCUGGCAAAGUUGUUCCAGGAGGAAUCUCAAGGGGAUCAAGCCAAGGCGAUUCGUGAGAUGGUUGGGUCUCUGUAUGGAGACGAGUCUGGACGGGUGCUCCAAGGAGGGAAAUGAAGGGAAAAUAUUGUUCCUAUGUAUGAAUUAUGUACCCUACCUGUUCCUUUCCUUUAUUCUUGUGAAAAAUGUCUUAUAUUAAAGAAUGACCGAGACCUGACCUAGGAAUUAAAUGGACAAGUUGCAACACACCCCAGAGGGAGAUAAUUCCUCACACCAGGAAACUGUCAGAUUCCCCUUGCAUGGACAAUAGGUUAGGGUUUUUUCCCAUAAAGACAUCGGAGCAGGGCCAUCUUUUGGGAAAUCAGCCGUCCGGAUUCCGGGACCACUUAACAACAGGGACAAUCCACGGAUCACCUCGACUGUCAACAUGGACAGGACACCUUUCAAAAACAAAUGCAGCCCAUCUGACUCACCAUAUGGGGUGUAUAUUUACACCCCAAGAAGCAGUCUAGAAACCCCUCCAGGACAUUCACUCAAUGACUCAAUCAUAAUUCCUCGUUAAUCCCCAGCAAGUCCAUUGUUCCUAGAUAAGCCCGCCUCCUCAUCCCUGAUUGGUGGGGGACCCCGAAGCAUAGGGAGCCCUCUGAUUGGACGAGGGUUCCCGCCACCAUUUUAAGGACCAAUCGGCGCAUAGGAGGGCGGGGAAAAAGUGUAGCGCGGAAUUCAAUCCCAUAUUUUUGUUAUAAAAGUGGUUGAUCUGUAAAUGUAUGUUAUGGUUCCUUUUUCAGCUGAAACUGAAUAAAACAACUCGGAGUUCUUUCUUCAA